CGACAGCGUGGCCUUAAAGCCAUACCGCUUUUUUUGCUCUCCCUUCUCCACGAAUCAACAAUAAAAAAUCACAUUUACGUUAGAUUUCCCUGAUCAAGUUUGUGAUUUCACACUGUCAAACACUGUCAUCCAAAAUGCUUCGACAAGUCAUCUUUGGUUCCUUCCUCGCAUUGUUCGCGUCUUCGAUAGCGGCCUUUUCGUUGGAUCGACGAGCCUUCGUCCGAGACGUGGCGCUUACGACGGCUGCGGUAGCCACCGGUGUCACUGUCUCGGCGCCCCUUCCCGCGUUUGCCGUACCGGUAACGGGGGCUAAGGCUCCCUUCUUUGAGCUCCCCAAUAGUCGAGGCAGCGGCAGCACGUCGCUCAAGAAUCUUAUCAACUCUGGCAAGUGGACCGUGUUGUACUUUUACCCCGGAGCCUUUUCGAAGGGCUGUACUUUGGAAGCACGCGGUUUCCAAAGGGACAUUGAGCGAUACCGAGCACUCAACGCCCAGAUCGUGGGUGUCUCGGUCGAUCCGGUGGAAAAGAACGCGCAGUUCUGCUCCGCCGAGGGACUAGACUUUUACAUGCUGAGUGAUACCGGUGGUCGGGUUUCUAACCUGUACGGAUCGGCGCUGUCGGUGCCAGGCUUUGGUAUGUUCAGCAACCGCCAAACCUACAUCAUUGAUCCGGAGGGUAACUUGCGUUGGGUCUUCACCGACGUAGAAUCGCGUAUCGCGAGACAUUCGGUGGAAGUCUUGGAGAAACUCAACGAAUUGGAAACAGUUAAGGCGUAGAGACAAACAACAUCUCCUUACAAAUACAACAUACAAAAAGCACGCUCCUACAAUAUUAGAGUUAAUCCGUAGAAGCUUA